CAAAGCCCAAACUCGGUGGACCCAAGCUUCGUUGGCAUUGACAUUUCUAGAGCUCGACAGAAAUUUGACGCCAUUUCUUCUCGUACUUAACUCGACAAUCUCACUGCUGAGGUCAUAACUCAUAAACAUAACCCUACUUCUCAUUCUCUCUCUCAAGCUUCCUCGUUUUCUCUGGUCUGGUGUAUUAGUAUGGAGAACGCGCUAAGCUCAACAGCCUCCAUGCCCAAAUUUCGGAAGAGUGAAAGAAAAAUAAAAACGAAAACCCACAUGAAAGGUGAAGCUGCAGUGCAUGAGCGUGAUUGUAGUUGUCGGUGUAGCAAGAGAGGUGAAACUGCUAGUAGUGGUAGCUGUGAGCGGAGGAAGAGAAGAGACACGGAGGUUUUUGAUAGAAAAGAAGACGACGGCGAAGAUGAGAUAGGUGAAGUGGAAAGAAAGAUUGUGGUAUUGCAAAGGAUUGUACCUGGAGGAGAAUCACUAGGGGUUGAUAAAUUGUUUGAAGAGACAGCUGGCUAUAUAUUGGCUUUACAAUGUCAGAUUAAAGCCAUGAAAGCUCUUGUUAGUUUUGUUCAGGGCCUGGAGAAGGAGAAGAGGAAAUUUGGAGGUUGAUGAUGACGAUUAAUUAUGUCAUUACUUCAUUACCAAUUUUAUCUGCUUUAAAUUUCUUUUGCCAAUCAGUAUUGUUGGGUUGGGAGCAAAAGUAUUCCUUUUUAUUCUUAUUUUGUUUAUGGUAUUUUAUUUCGACAAUUGACACUUCUCGGUGCAAUACAGCAAUGAGAAGGAAGAGGAUGAAUAGUAAUGGUAGGAAUAUUGGAAUAUGAACUGAUCUUCCUUUUUUAAUGAAAGUAGUUUUAAUGUUGACA